GGGGGGCUUUAGUUUUGUUGUUUUGCCCGGUGGAGCGAUACCAUUAUCCUUUUAUAUAUAUAGAUUAAGACUGGUCACUUUAAAAAUUGAUUAGUAUUAUGCAUUGCCAAAUAGGGCUGUGCACAGAUCCGUUUUUCAAAUUGGGCUCUGGCUGAUUCAGCAGGGGGGUUUCGCCCAAUUGCACACCCCUAUUGUCAAACACCUCACACUGAUGUCAUUGUCAGGUCUCUAGCCUUCUCUUUGGGCCUUCUUAUGAUUUUAGUGGCUGCUUACGCAGUCCUCAAAAGAGGAAUUGCAACACAGGAAAAAGAAGGAAAGCAGAGAGCAGAGACUGGCAUAACAAUUGCACAUGGGGAAUACACACACACUGUAUAUAGGAUUGAAAAUUAUAAAUUGGAACCCUCAUUACAAUGGAAACAUACCCGCACUUAGGAGAUUUGUAAAAGUGAGUCUGCAGGGAGAUAAAUAUUGUUCUUGGAGAAAAAUAAUCAGCUAUUAAGUGGCCUGUGAUAGGGACAGUCUAUGGCCAUUGGUUUUCCAGAUCCCUUGGUGCUACAGGGGGAAAAAACUGACCUGAACCCCCAACCCACGAAUCUCAGACCAGGGUUUGAUUUUGUCUCUUUAAUGCAGAUGAGUAACAUUUUAAAACCUUGUACAUCAGAACUUGAAUGAUAAGUCUAGGUUGAGUGGGAGAACCUGGGAAGUUAUUAAUGGAAAACAGUUCUCUCAUCUCAGUUUCCCCGUAUCUCUUGCCCCUAUCAAGCACACAAGAGACCUGCCAAAAGCAAAUUAUCACUUUGAUCUUCUACAUCCUCACGGUCGAGAAGGCUUUAAAAAUAAACUAAUUGUGUCAGGAAAUAACAUAAAAUGCACUAUUUCCCCCAUCAUUCUGUACAGCAAGGCUGUUAUAUUGUUUCCUCUGUUUUUCUCCUUCCGUGUGGCCCUCUUGCAUUCCUUCCUGCUGAUUCUUGGAAGAGAAUAACUCGGAGAUGAGCAAAGUUCUUGCAAUAGGACUAUUAACCCUACUCUGUAUCAAUGCAGUUGAAGCUGUCACAUGCCUCCGCUGUAUGCAGAUACGUAUUGAUAAUACCUGCGCACAUAAGGAAGGAACAUGUGAAUCAGGAAACUUCAAGUCCUGUUACACUAAAGUGCUAAUUAUAAAAGAGGGAGUAAUACGGCUCUCCAGAGGCUGUGCAUCAAGGUGCAUUGAUAGGACAAGGAGAACUUAUAACACCGAAUUGCGCACGCUGUGCUGUAACACACAAUUUUGCAAUAAUCUUAACGUCUGGAGCAUGUAAAGCAGAAUAAAAUAUGCAGCAAUGUCUUUACAACAUACCUAUAGCAAAGAUUAAUAUGGCUCAAAGAUUAAUAAAGUAUAUUGAGAAUGA